UUCUGCAGCAGAGCCCAGAAAAAAAGCGUCUGUUAUUCAUCCACCCUUACACACAACCAAACACAGCCGCCUCCUCCUUCACUCAGACACACACAUUGAUUCUCAUGUACCAUUCAGUCGAUUAUCUCUGAUAACACCUUCUGCAGGAAUACAUUAUCAAUUCCAGACUUCUUUUUUUUCAACUCCCCUGACUUGGAUGAAACCUUUUUGUGUUUUUCAGUGGAUAUUUUCUCUCCUCUCGACCGUCAAGAGGUCACCUGGAUUGGGAAGAUAAUAAUGAUUCACUUGUCUGCAGUGAAAAGGGGAAAUAAGAGUUGGAAUUGAUGAUUGUGGAGUGGAAUUUAAGAAGGGGAUUUGAGAAGAGAAGAACUGGGAGGAGGAGCCGGUGAUCGCAGAAGGAAGAGGAAGAGAGGAAGAGUAUGGGCUGCUCUUCUGUGUGGAUCCUUCUACUAUCCUUUUCUCUGUCCCACCAGAGCGUCACAGCACAAGCUGAAGCAUGCAAGACGGUGGUGCAGGCAGACAUAGUGUUUCUGGUGGAUGAGUCAUGGAGUGUGGGCCAGACCAGCUUCUCCAGGGUCAAAGACUUCAUCUCGACCAUCAUCUCCUCCUUUCAGGGCAUGGUGUUUGGAACAGAGGGGGUCCGAUUUGGAGUCACCGUCUUUGGGGAUGUCCCAAAGAUGCGGAUUGCUUUGACAGACUACAGCUCACAGGAAGAGGUGCUCCGAGCCGUCAGAGACCUCCCCUAUGUGGGUGGAUCGAGGAGGAUGGGGGACGCCCUCCAGUUUCUGGUUGACGCCGUGUUCAGCCCUGUUAUCAGCCGUGACCAUGCCCCGAAGAUUGUUGUAAUGAUCACAAACGGACGUUCAGGCGACCUGGUCGAUGCUGCAGCCAAAGCUGUGGCUGACAAUGGGAUUUCUCUCUUUGUAGUAGGUGUUCGGGGGGCUGAUGAGGCAGAGCUAAGGAGGAUCGUGUCAGAGCCACAUGAGGAGCACCUGUUACGCGGCGCUGACUACUCUGUCCUUGAAACCAUCCUUCCCAAACUGUCCCGCAGGGUGUGCUUUACUGCCUCUGAACCACCACUUCCUGUGAAAAUGUCCCAGCCUGUUGAGAAGCGUGUGGUGGGCCCCAGAGACCUGCAGGUUAGCGAGUUGGCCCACAGUUCCCUGAGACUGACAUGGGGCCAAGCCACAGGUGGUGUCACUGGAUAUCGUCUCCUCAUCUUCCCUCUCAGCUCCAGUGGAAGCCUCCCCCUCCAACAAAGACAGGUUGAUGUGAAGGCAGAUGUGAACACCGCUGUAGUUAGUGAGCUGAGUCCUAAAACAAACUAUUCCCUCACUCUCUACGCUGUCUACCCCAGCCUUAUAGGAGAUUCAGCAACAAUCACCGUCCAGACAACCCCUUUGCCUCAGGUGUCAAACUUCCGAGUUAUCGAGGAGGGCCUGUACUCUCUGCGCCUGGGAUGGACGCCUUCUCUAGGGAAGCUCAACGGAUUUAAGAUAUUCAUCCCAAGAUCCGACCGACCAGGAUUUGCAUAUGAGAACCUGCUUCCUGGAGACAAAUCUUCUCAUGUGAUUGACAGCCUGGAGGAGGAUAAGAAGUACACCAUCAGUAUUUAUGCUGUUUACCCCCAGGGACCAAGUGAAACUGUUUCAAUAGUAGGGAAGACAUUAAAACUGGUACGAGUUCAGAAGUUCCUGGUUCAAAACGCCACCACAGACACCGUCCAGGCACGAUGGGCAUCCGUUAAGGGUGCCACAGGAUACCGUCUGACAUGGGAAUCCCCAGAUGGCCACAUAGCGAACAUAAACCUCGGGGACAACUUUAACUUCUACAUGAUCCAGGGCCUGCACUCAGCCUCUGAGUACACCAUCACCAUCAACCCCAUAUUUGGAGACGUUGAGGGGCCCAUCACCAGCACCAAACUCAAGACAUUGGAAAGCAGCGCAGUACAAACUUUGAAGGUGUCUGCUGUGAGCACCAGUACUGCUGUCAUCUCAUGGAACAGUGUCCCAGGGGCCACAGGGUACAGACUGGCCUGGGGACCCACUCCAGAGUUUGUUGGUCGGGAUCGUCCCAGGCAGUUGGCUCUGAACGGCAGCACCACAGAGUACCAGAUGAGGAAUGUAGCCCAUGAUACUGAGUAUGUGCUGUCUCUCUAUGUGCUGUUUGGUUCUGCGGUGGGGCCUGGUAUCAGUGCUACCUUCAGAACCUCUCCAUUGGGCUAUGUUUCCAACUUCAAGGUGUCUUCCUACACCAGUACCUCCAUAGAUAUGGACUGGAGUCCCAUAGUUGGAGCCACUGAAUACAAACUCUCUUGGAACACAGGUGAUGGCAGCCCUCAGUCACAUUACCUGGACCGCACUGUCCUCACCCAUCGUAUCGAAGACCUAAACCCACAGUCCAUCUACACCAUCAGGAUCUGUGCCAUGUAUGGCAACUCAGAGGGACCAGAAAUCUCUUUAUCUCAGCUCACAGCUGCUGUCUCAGACUCACAGCAAAUCCAGGCAGUGAGGGAGGUGAAGGUUGUGGACAUUGGAGUCAACGCCUUUACUCUGUCCUGGAAAAAAACACAAGGGGCAUCUGGGUACAAAAUCUCCUGGACCCCCUUCAUGGGGGGUGAUGAGAAGUCCCAUGUGGUAUCUGCUUCUUCCACCACUUUCAACAUCGACAAUCUCCGGGCGAGCGCAGCUUACAAGAUCCAGGUAUCCUCCAUGGUGGGCCGCAGGGAGGGCAGCCCAGUCCUGCUCACUGCACGCACCUUGGAUCUUCCAAAAGUGAAUGGCUUUGCUGCUCUGAACACUACAGACAGCAGCACUGUACUAAACUGGACACAUGUGGCUGAGGUCUCUGGAUACCUUCUCUCCUGGAGACACAUCUCAGUGUUGGAGACUAAAACAGAGACCCUGAGCCCUGGUUUCAACUCCUAUAAGAUCAAUGACUUGUUGUAUGGAAGAACCUAUAUUUUUACCAUCAGACCUUUGUAUGGAGAAGUGGAGGGCCCUAUAAGCACUGUGUAUCAGAAAAUAUUGGGAGAGGAUCCUCCGGCUGUAAUAGUCCAGGCUCUGCCAGCCACAGCCCCCCCCCGCAUCACGACUGCCUCCAUCAGCGACACUACAGUUGCUCGCACUGCCAGCAGGACCACCCGGCACCCCAUCGCUGUACCACCGACUAAACCCAUUACCCCCAAGAAACCUCCAGGUCAGCCAAGAGUCACUGAGGCCAAAUCAGAAGUCCCCCUCCAUCAUUUAACCACACUCCAUGCAGAGACAACAGGUCCACCAAGACCACCCUGUGGUAAAGCCAAAGCAGACAUAGUAUUCUUGGUGGAUGAGUCCUCCAGCAUCGGCGCUAACAACUUUAUCAAGAUGAAAGACUUCAUUUUCCGGGUGGCUACCUACUUCCCUAUCAUGGGCCCUCAGGGCACACAGAUAGCUGUGGUUCAUUACAGUGAUGAGCCUCGAAUAGAAUUCCGCCUAAAUGACUUCAAAGACAGGAACUCUGUGCUCAGGGCGCUCAGAGGGCUACGGUAUGGAGGGGGCAACACUAAAACAGGAAAAGGCAUCAGUUACGUCCUGCAGGAACUGUUCCAGGAGUCCUUGGGGAUGAGACAGGAUGUGGCCCAUGUUCUGGUUCUGAUUACGGAUGGCAGGGCUCAGGAUAAUGUGGUGCCACCCUCAAGAAUUGCACGUGCUCUAGGUGUCAGUGUCCUGGCAGUUGGAGUUUAUAAUGCAGACAUGGAGGAGCUGAAUAAGAUAGCAGCUCCCACCAGCUACAAAAAUAUCUUCUACUCACCGACCUUUGACGACUUCCCCUCCAUUGAAAGAGAAUUCAUCAAUAUGAUGUGUAGUGAGGAACUUCUCUCCGAGUUCAAACUGAAUGAUGAGUCUGCUCAGUUGGACACCCCGACUGAAGACCCAGAGGAGCUGCUUAAGCCUCAGGGUCCCUGUUCCUCCCAGUGUAUGAAGGGCCAGAAAGGUGAACGGGGAGAUGGUUCUGGUGUCGGAGGUCUGAGAUUUAGGCAAAGCCCGGGACAGUUUGAUCCUUUCACUUCUACCAAAGGAGAGAUGGGAGAGAGGGGGCUUUCAGGAACAGAUGGUAUACCUGGGUUGCCAGGACGACCAGGGAGAACUGGACCACCCGGUUCUGCCGGCCAACGGGGAGCUCAAGGGAUAUCAGGUGAUCUGGGUCUACCUGGAACCACUGGUCCAAAGGGACAGAGAGGAGAGAGAGGAGAGCCCGGUUAUGUCAUCGCAGGCGCAGACUCAAAUUACGUUCCUGGAAGGAAAGGAGAGCCAGGAUCUUCGGGUCCCCAGGGGUCUUCUGGUAUACCAGGGAUCAAUGGAUCUCCAGGCCGUCCUGGCCAGCCCGGACCAACGGGGUCACCAGGAAUAUCUGUCAAGGGAGAUUCUGGUGAGCCGGGAGAGAAAGGUUUACGUGGGAAACAGGGAGUGAAAGGAGACAAAGGAGAGUUGGGAAGAGAUGGUAUUGCAGGUUUGCCAGGUCCCAUUGGCAUUGAUGGGGUGCCAGGAUUGUCAGGUCAGAAAGGGGAGAAGGGUGUAGAAGGAAUUGGCAUACAAGGUAUUCAGGGUCCUCUGGGAGAGAAGGGAGAGAAGGGAAAUAUUGGCUUUACUGGACCAGUUGGUCCAAAGGGUGAUCUUGGCGAGCAGGGCAUCCAAGGAAUCAUCGGACCUCGGGGAAAGAAGGGGUUCAAAGGGGAGCAAGGUGACAAGGGAGAACGAGGCGAGAUAGGACCAAUAGGACCAAAAGGAACCUCAGGACUGACAGGGCCUUUGGGGUUAAAAGGAGAUGAGGGUCCGAGAGGAGUCCCUGGAGAUCCUGCCAAGGGUAUAAUUGGCCCAACUGGAAAAAAGGGUGCAAGGGGAGACAUCGGUCCAGUCGGCCCUACAGGCCCCCAGGGAAUAAAGGGUGAACAAGGCACCAAAGGGGAUAAGGGCAGUCCUGGUUUUGGGAUUCCAGGACAGCGGGGACCCAAGGGAGAAAAUGGAGAGAGGGGAAAUGUUGGUUUGUCUGGAAAACCAGGACAAAAAGGGCAUGAUGGCUUUAAAGGUGACAAAGGGACUAUCGGGUUAUCCGGCAAACCUGGAGUACCAGGAUUAAGAGGUAAAGAUGGUACACCUGGAAAUAAAGGAGACGAAGGCUCUAAGGGUGAACUAGGACCACAUGGAGAGCCUGGUGACAGAGGAAUUAGGGGUCCACUUGGAUUACCAGGACGACCAGGUGACCCCGGUGAAAAAGGAAAUUCUGGAACUCCUGGCCUGUUUGGUGCUGAUGGAAAAAAAGGCGAUAAAGGAGAUCAGGGAAAACCUGGACCUCCGGGAGCACAAAUUGUUGGAGACAACAACGUAAUGACCAGAGUGAUUAAGGGUGAACCAGGAAAUCCUGGUCAGCCUGGGUUGAGAGGUGAAACAGGUCUGCCUGGACCAAGCGGUCCAGAGGGGAAACCUGGAUUACCAGGACCAUCAGUGGGUGGUUCUGGAAGAGGUGGACUUGAUGGUUUUCCAGGAAAACCAGGAGAUAAGGGUGACAAGGGAUCAAAAGGGGUGCCUAGUCUGAAAGGUGACCAGGGACGGAUUGGGAUUGGUGGAAUACCUGGUUUACCGGGAACUCCAGGCAGACCUGGCAUUGAUGGGAAGAGGGGCCUGCCAGGAAAAGAUGGAGAAAGAGCAGAAAAGGGAGAUGACGGCAAAAAGGGGGACAAGGGAGACAGCGGGGGCAAUGGUAAAGAUGGUAGUAAGGGGGAACCAGGGCCUCCAGGUUUGCCGGGUAGGCAGGUGCUUGUCACAUCAGAGGGUGCCACCAAUGAUGAAAUCCGAGAAGCAUUUCCGAUCCCAAUGGGUCCUCCAGGAGCUACUGGUUCACCAGGAAUUAAGGGUGAUAAAGGAGAAACAGGGCUGAAAGGAGAGAAGGGCGUUGCUGGAGCUCCUGGAAAAUCAAUAGAGAUGAAGGAAAUUGAAGUGAUGUUUGAAGACUAUGGCAUAAGGCUGCCUUUGUUGAAGGCUUUAAUUGACAGGCUGUUGCAGGAUGGAAUAGAGGAGCUGCUUCGUGUGCUUGGCACCUCCCAGAAAACAAAUGAAAACACAAAAACUCACACCUCCAACAUCAUCACUGAAUACACAAGUUCAGUGAAGUUCGACCUCACCAGUCAGGCACUGAAAGAGGACACCAUCGUAGACCCCAAGUUAGACGGACAUCUUGCAGAAUCUUUGAUAGUUGACCCUUUAAUAGAAGCCGCAGAGGGUCCGACUUUAUGGAGCGCCACCACACUGAACAGAGAUCAGGAUAUCGACAGGACUGAGUCCAUAUUAAAGAGAAGAUGGAAUAAGAUAGUAGAUGGGGAUAGUGAGAACGCAUCUUCACACAAAAUGAAUCUGACUGUUAACAACUCAACUUUCAAUUAUACUACGACCCAGGAGGAGGUUUCAGAGUUACCGGAUACUGUGGCAGGGACUGUUCUCCUCACUCAGGAGGACUCCCGGAACAAAAGCUCAGGACAAAAGAAGAAGAACAGGGAACGUGGGAAGGGCAAAGGAAAUAAAGGAAGACAUAAGAGGCAGAGACAACGCCUGACAACUGAUGAGGACAUGCAAGAAGAGGAAGAGGAGUUUUAUGAUGGCGAAGAAUACAGUUAUGAAUACGAGGAAGAACUUCCUACAGAUGUCCUCUUGGCCUCUCAGGAGAGGAAAAACAACACACAGGAGGAACUAAUAACCACACACAGUCCUGCCCAUUCAGAAACACUGGUGGAAACCUCCAGUCGUCCUCUAACGUCCUCCACAGACAGAGACAUAGAUGCACAGGUUAUCUUGACAACCUCAGAACCACUAUCACAACCUGGAGAUAUAGAAAUGGAGGAAACGUCACUCCCUACGCCUCCCAUCACGACAGAAGAACAACACAAGGUGCAUAGGUCCCAAAUCAGGGUGAAGAAAAGCGCUCCCUGGCCCGACUCCAUGGUGUUUAUGCCAGGUGCCCCAGGUGAAAUAACUCAUUUCUUGGAGGCACACAAACAUCUGUCCUCUGGAGCUCAAGGUUACAACAGCUGGAAUAAGAAGCAAGAAGACUCUGACCUUCAAACACUUAGCAGGAAGCAGAGGCAAGAACGAAGGGAGAGGCAGCGAUACAGCGAUACAGAAACCCAAGGGGGAGGAAAGGAAGAAGCUGAAGAAGUGGAGGAGUGGGAAACAGAACAACACAAAGUGAUAGAGACAGAUCGAUUUACAGAACCAGACCCUGAUCCCGUCUAUGAGGAGGAGAGGAGUGGAGACUACGACUGGGAGACAGAGGAGGACGUAGAUCGAGAGAGAGGAGGAAAGGAGGAUGAAGACCUCGAGAGGGAGAGAAAGAAGGAAAGGAUGGAGAUGGAGAAAGAGUUGGAGAGGGGGAGGACAGAGCAGGAGGGGGAGGAAGACUUGGAGAGGGCGAGGGAGGAGUGGGAGAGGAGGAGGGCGGAGAUCGAGAGGGGGAGAGUGGGGGGUUAUGAUGAAGAAACUGGACAGCCGUACCCAUACCCCCCAGAGUCUUUCCACCUGAAGGGACAAGCAGGUGAGAAUGGAUCACCAGGACGGAAGGGGGAAAUUGGUGAAGGAGGACAAAAGGGCGAGCCAGGUAUCGGCCACAGGGGUCCAGAAGGCCAGGCUGGUCCUCCGGGACUUAAGGGUGAACCAGGUGAGCCGGGGCCUCCGGGUGCCCAGGGCAUCCAGGGUAUCCGUGGUCACACAGGCAUGCAGGGCGCCCAGGGGCUUAGGGCUGCUCAAGGGGACCCAGGAGACCCAGGCAGAGAGGGGGAACGGGGAAAAAGGGGAAAGAAUGGAUCGCCUGGAUCUCCUGGAACCCGAGGAACAGCAGGUGCUCAAGGUUCUCCUGGGAUUCCUGGAGUAAAAGGAGAAAAGGCCAGCAGUGCUCCUGGAGAGCCCGGGGCCCGGGGGCUGGCAGGCUUCUCAGGCAGGAAGGGUGAGAAGGGUCCUAUAGGCAAUAAAGGACUGUCUGGAAAUUUAGGUCCAAAGGGUUUGCGUGGCAGCAAAGGUGGAAAGGGUGACUUUGGAUUGCCUGGAGUGAGAGGAGAAAGGGGGAGUGUACUUCAAAUCCAAGGACCCCGUGGAUUUAAGGGUUCCAAAGGAGAGGCGGGUGAGCGUGGCCCACCAGGUUUCGAUGGAGAUAAAGGAGAAAAGGGCGAGGACGGUCCUCCUGGAGUCAAGGGCAUAAAGGGUGAUGCAGGAACUAAGGGGGCAUUGGGACGUUUUGGAGCACGAGGACCAGUAGGCCAGAAGGGAGAUUCAGGAGAGCCUGGAAUAAAUGGAGAAAUGGGUCUCAAUGGGGAUCAUGGAGUGGAUGGGGCCAAGGGGGACAAAGGAGACAUAGGACUGUUCGGCCACAAGGGAAAUCAGGGUGAUGCAGGAGAACCAGGCUUACCGGGAAACAUAGGGGAGAAUGGAGAAAAGGGUUUCAGAGGUCUUCCGGGACGCAUUGGGAGUCCAGGCCUUGAUGGAGAACAGGGAGAUUUGGGGUUACACGGCACGCCUGGUAUACCUGGGCUGAAUGGACUCACAGGACGCAAGGGUGAUAAGGGACAAGGAGGCGUCAAUGGUGUUGAUGGUAAAUCAGGAAUGAAAGGAGAAAAGGGUGCAGCAGGUUUCCCAGGAUUCCCAGGGUUUAAGGGGUCGGAAGGGAAAACAGGAAUGGACGGAGAUGAGGGAAUGCCAGGACACCCCGGACCCCGCGGGGGAACAGGGCGGAGGGGGGAGAGGGGCAGAAGGGGCAGAGUGAAGACGUGUCAGAGAGGAGCCCCUGGGACAACAGGACUGAGAGGAGAGAGUGGUACACUGGGCAUUGAAGGAGGAAAAGGGGAGAAGGGGGAGCCUGGACUCUCGGCUGAAGAAUUGAAGGAGAUAGUCACUCAGGAGGUGGUAGAGAAGUGCGGAUUGGAAUACAAGUUCAUGGUGAAGUCUGUGGAUCCAGAUGGAACCACCGCAGUGACUGAGAAUAAAAAACAUCCGGUUGAUGUAGUGACACCCGUCAACCCUGACCCCCCUGAAGAAGGGGUGGAGGAGGGAGGGGGAGCCAAACUGAGAGAAGUGACCACUGCUGCCCCUGUGCUCCUACCAAACAGCACUGAUUCUCUUGAGGGGACUGCUGAGUGGAGACAGAGGAAGAAAAGAAGGGUACUUGGAACCAACACAGCUGCAGAGCGCUGCCUGGAGCCCAUGUCAGAGGGGGCCUGCUCAGAGUUUGUUCUCCUCUGGUACUUCCACCCUCGCUCAGGGGAGUGCAGGCCGUUUGUGUACGGGGGCUGUGGAGGAAACACAAACCAAUUCUCUUCAAGACAAGAGUGCCAGAGUUGGUGUGGGGUGCAGAGGAGAGGUACGAAUCCUGGAGAGGAAACAAUCAACCAAAAAUGAGGAAAUCAUUUGUGUACAUAACUUUGUAAAAUGUUCAAAUCGUGUGUUUUUUUGUGAAUUUAUUUAUAUAUUUUAACGGCUUCAUUUUUUUAGAGACAAAGUGUUGAAAAUUGAAAUGUGAAUAUUAUAUACUUUUAUUCUGAAAUAGACAUUAGACUGAGUUUUUGAACGUCCGAAAAUAUCAAUUUCCAUCCUGAAAUAUUAAAUCACUCUUUUUCUUGUGUA